AUGGUGUCCAAGAAACCCUCGUCCUCGUCGUCUCGAGCAGCGGCGCCUACAGCAUCAUCCACGGUUGCCCCGUCGCAGUUGGGUUUGACGAACGGCGAAGAGAUUGCAACCUUCCAGCGACACCAGCAAGUCGCACUGUCUAGAGCAAACAAUAGCAUUGCGCGUACUGCAGCUGCAAACGGAAGGGUGUUGGUAGAUGCGAGUAACUUGAUGCUGCUGGCCAACUAUUUUGACCAUGUCAUGGCUGGUAUACAACAGAGGGCUGAUCUGUUGACUCGUCAAACGCAAGCGUCGGUACAGAGACAGAGCUCGAGAGCAGUCUCCUCUAUUCAGGCCGCAAAUGCAGAGAUCGCUCGGGUUCACAGUCUACUCAGACAAAUCGAUGAGCUCGAGGCAGAGUUCGACAAGAUAAGACGCAUCCGCGACAUCGUAGCGGCUUUCAGAAGUCGGGUAGAGGCCUUAGAGAGGAGAGUAAGAUGA